CCAACCAGACACGUCUCCGUCGUCGAGCGAAGAUGAGGCCCCGCGACCUGGCUUCUCUCCUCGCGCUCUUCGCGACGGGUCUCCGGGCUGCAGCCGGGACCGAGCAGUGUGACGGGCCGGCCCGCCAGCCGCAGCCGACGACGGUGCUCAGGAAGUCGCUGCUCUGCAACUACGACCGGCUCGAGAGGCCCGCCAAGGACCUCGCCAACGCCACCACCGUCGCCGUGCUGCUGUGGCUCAAGAGCUUCGACGUGAACGAGAUGAGUCAUGGACACAGCAUCGAUAUCCACACUUGGACCGCUUGGAGUUGGAUGGACGAUUAUCUGACCUGGGACCCAAAACAACACAACGGCAUAGAAUUCUUGCACUUCAGAAGCUACGAAAUCUGGAUCCCUGAACUCGUUCUUCAGAGCCCCGCCGAGUUCCAGUCGCUGGCCAACUUCUUCUCGGACGGCAAGUGCGUGGUGCGCCACGUCGGCCACGUGGUGUGCAUAGCCAGCAGUGCCUACCACGCGCAGUGCGACGGCGACCUCGCCUCGUGGCCCUUCGACUCGCACCGCUGCGAGCUGGUGCUCACUGCGCUCGAGGACAAGGAGAACAGCGUCAACCUCACCGUCAUGGACACCGGCAUCUCCACGCUGGACCUGGUGCCGAACCGCGACUGGGAGCUGGUCGCGGUGAACGCCAGCGUGUCGACGGAGCACGCGCUGUUCGGCGGCCAAGAGCUCUCCGUGCUCUACGAGUUCACCAUCAGGAGGCACUCGUCGCUCUACAUGGCUGUGAUCCUCGCACCGCUCCUGGUGUUAGCGGUGAUGACUGCGGUGUCGUUCUGGAUAAGCCCCGACAACACGGCGCGAGUGACUCUGUGCUGCUUGAACCUGGUCAUCCACUGCCUGUGCCUGCAGAAUCUGAUGUACGUCAUCGGAUCCAACGGGGAGACCUGUCCCAGAAUAGUGCUGCUGUACCGGGACUCGCUGGUGCUGGUGCUGGCGGCGCUGGGGACGGCGGUGCUCGCCAUGAGGGCGUCCCGCCCCCGGGCCGCCGCCGCCGCCCCGCCGCCACCCUGGCUCGGCGCCGCCGCACUGCUGCUGGUGGACAACCCCCUGGGCAGACCGCUGCUCGCCGGCAGACUCGGACCCCAGGUUUUUCCGAGGAAGCAGUCUGGUGACGAGGAGGCCGCUGACAUCAUCGAGAACUCAGAGGACAUUGGUCCGUCCAAGCUCCCGCUCGACCAAUGGGCGUUCUUGGUCGACGUGCUGGACAGAGCCAUGUUCUACGUGUAUCUGAUCGUGUUCCACAUCCUCCUGAUUGCACGGGUCUCGUAACCCGCCUCUACACACGAGUCAACACUUUUUGUUUCCGAAGAUAAUGGGACAUGUGCUGGUAGACUGCCUAUUUUUUUCCCCCCCGUGACAGUUGAGUUUGGCUUUUCUAACGAUAUUGGUAUUCAUGUUAAAGGAUAGCUAUUCUACGAGGACAAUGCUCUUUGGACUUUUGUUAAAAGCGUCUCACAACGGGAGACCUAAGAUGCACAUAAAGUUCUGCCAUUCCAGAUUACACCCGAACAAUUCACCUUCGGCCAACUUCGGGAUUGGUUUUAUUUUUGCACAGGAAAAAUUAAUUCAAAUAUUAAAAGUGGUCGGUUAGGUUAGCUACAUUAAAACACUUUAAAACACUAUAGACGGUUAGUUAGGUUAGUAUAGCUACAUUAAAAUAAACAGAGAAAUAUAAAUAUAUAUAAAUAAACCCGAGGUUGGCAGAAGGUAAAUAUUCGGGCGUGUUCGGGCAGGGACAGAACUUGAUAUACAUCUUAGGCUUCCCCCUCUACACGAUUCAACACUUUUUUUUUCCGAAGAUAAUGGGACAUGUGCUAGUAGACUGCCUAUUUCUCUCUCCCCCCCCCCCCCCCCCCCCGUGACAGUUGAGUUUGGCUCUUUUAACGAUAUUGGUAUUCAUGUUAAAGGAUAGCUAUUCUACGAGGACAAUACUCUUUGGACUUUUGUUAAAAGUGUCUCACAACAUCUUCAUUCAAUAUAAAUAAUAAUAUAAAUAGUGUAAUGUAUCGUAAGAGAUUAAAAUAUUUUGUUGAUGACUUUCAGCGAAGAUGAUGUUGAAAAUUAAAUCACAUCAAAAAUUGAAUAAAAUAAUGUCGAUUUUAAAAUGUCAACUAUUAAAGAAAAUAAAAAUUAU